AUGAUGCUGCCUACAAUAGCUGAUGAAAUCCAAAAGUUUGCUCACAAACACGAAACAAGAUUAGAUUACCAUGUCAAUCCACUGGCCAUCGAAUUAUUAGACAACUCCAAAGAUAUUAGACACCUUAAGUGUCUGAAACCGUACGAUUUAGUUUAA